UUGUAGUCUGGUGAGGACGAUUGGAGGGCCUUGCAAAACCGCAGUCUAGAUGCACCCAUUGAUGGAAGGCAACAUGAAAUAUGAUAAAAUUCCCACGCAUUGCAGCUAAAGUGGCCUCAAACCACAUUGCAUUUUCCAGAAUUAUUCCUGCACAUCAGUUUGGAAAAACCCAUUUGCUUGACUGUGUAUAUUGUGAUGUCAUUCUCUUUCUUCUUAUGAUUCUUACAAUCCUACGAUCCUUCUCCUUUAUGAUGUCAGCCUGCCUUCCUUCUACAAACCGCUUGCAUUCCCUUUUCUUAGGAAGUUUUGGAUAUUAAUUGAUGCAGUUGACUUUCGCAAAGUCAAUAGGAUCCAAAGAAGAGCCAAAGGGUCUGAUUCAAGGCGAUAUAAUAUUUCGGAAAGUUACCCAAGUCGGGGACGAAGUGGGUCUAUACAAAUUAAACUGUGAUAGGCACAGACUUUGGAAAGAAAUUCUCCAAACAAAAUGUUUCGCCUGGUCGUCGUGUCUGCGCACCUCCUCAUAGAAAGCACUGACCUUCCCGACACUUAUGUGACUGGCUCCUUCAACGGCGUCGAGAAGGACACAAGAGUCGUUCAAAAGGAGCCAAACCCGGUCUGGAACGAGACCUUGGUGUGGUACUUAGACAAUGAGCUUCCUGACGUAAAAUCCUUUGCGACUGUUCAUUGCCGGGAAUGGAACCCUAAACCGGAAGCCAGGGAUUUUGGAAUUGCCAAAAUACACCUGGCCGAGGCCUCCGAGAAGCUGGGUACGAUGCUCACCUUGAGAAACCUGCCUUUGAAGGACAGAGAUAUGAAGCCGACGGGAUGCACCAUUACGAUCCGGGUUUGCUUUUCUCCCCUUGAACCUGCUCUGCGCCCGACUCUGGAUACAACAAAGUACUGUUUGCAGAAACUCAUUUGCUGCCCCAUUUGCGCCAAGGAAUCCGUCCUGGAAGAAGUGGGUGCCCAGGAGACGCGUGCCAUUGAGAUGCCUUCACCCAAUGUGGCGAUGAAGGAGCUGGCAAACAAAAAGCAGGAGUUCCAGGUGCGGGUGCGAAUCCUAGAAUGUCGGCAACUGCAGGAAAACAACAUCAAGCCGGUGGUCAAGGUGUACAUUGGGGACCAAGUCUUCCGGACACGAAUCAAAGCUGGGAACAACCCUUUCUACAAUGAGAUAUUUGUCAAGAACUACAAUGAGAUGCCUCUCCGACUCUUUGAUCAAUUCAUUACCAUACAGGCAAGCCAGUCAUUUCUUAUGCAAAAUAUUAUUAUCUACAUACAGGCAUUCCAAAAUCUGAUCGCUCCAACAGUGUUAAUCGUACUGAAUUCCAGAGCCAUAAGAGCGGAUUCACUCAUUGGAGUAUUCAAGAUUGAGAUAGGACUUGUGUACAACUCCCCAGGCCAUGUGUUGCUCUCCAGGUGGUUGACCCUCUAUGACCCCAACAACCUCAAUGCUGGACUAAAGGGCUACGUGAAAGUCAACCUUUGUGUCUUAGGAGCUGGCGAUCGCGUGCCGGAAACAGACUUUGUGGACGCGAAGGGGGAUACGGAAGCCAUGCUUUUACGGCCGGCAGCCAUGCCGUCCGGCCGCUUGGUCACCCUCCAGCUCUACGUCUUCCAAGCCCAAGAUAUGCCUCACAUGAAGGGAGACCAUGUGAAUAAUGUCAGAGCGGAAGACCCCACUGGAACCUCCGUGGACUCCUCUCUGGAAGUCAAUUUUGCAGGGAAAGUGCUCAAUACCAAAAUCGUGUUUGGAGAUGCCAACCCUGUCUGGAACCAGCGGAUGUCAUUUCCCAUGCUGAUGCCAUCCAUAUGUGACCUCAUAAAACUGUCUGCUAUUGAUGGGGAUCAAAGUGGAGAUGGGCAAAUUCUUGGGUUCGCCUUUCUGAGCCUCUCCCAGAUCUCUUGCAGUGGAACUGAAAUUGAGAAUAAAAAGGACUUCUCGGGCUUCCAGCCGUGUUUUGGGCCGAGCUUCCUCACCUUGUAUGGGAACCCAAAGGAGUUUGUGGCCCAAGGAGACGCUUUAGAGGACUUCAGAGUCGGGGCGGUGAGUCUGGGCCCAGAAAUGGAAACCUCAACUGUUCUUCAGAAGCAUCCAGAAUGGGAGAACAAGGUCUCUGCUUCCUCUCUUUUCCUUACCCGCAGAUGUUUUGCACUCUCCGUAUCUUCUAGGAGGAAGGGAGCUUACCGAGGAAGAGUCCUGGUGGAGCUGAGCAUCAAAACAGAAAAGCUUGUCGUUCCCAAAUUAGAAAACAUUCCCGAAGAGUCCGUUAAAAGGAUUGAGCGCUUCUUGCCCCAGACCCGGUACGGGCUGUGUGUUGUCUUUUACUCCGCCACCAUGUUGGCCAACAUCAAGGAACAAAUACAGUUCGAGGUCAGCAUUGGGAACUACGGCAACAAAUUCGACGGGACAUGCAAACCCUUUGCCUCCACCACGCAGUACAGCCAUGCCGUGUUCGAUGGUAACCGCUAUUAUUACCUGCCUUGGUACGACACCAAACCCAUGGUGGCCAUCACGUCGUUCUGGGAAGAUGUGGGUCACCGAAUGGCUUGUAUGAACGUCAUGCAAUUCAUUCAUAUGAGACUGAAGAAGAACGUGGAUGCUCUGAAAACCAUCCGUGUCCGCAAUGACUCCCUUGUGGAGGCGGCUUGGAAGAGGCUCCAGAAAGAGCUGGUGGAAGAUUGCAAACGGCCUCUUCCCAGCUCAGGAGGCCAAGUGCCAGCCACUUUUCUCGACCUGCAGCUUCGGAAACUGCGUGUCCGGCUCCUCCACCAAAUCGGCAAGGCGGCCGACAAGACAAGUUGGAAGAAUCCACUGAAGAAACUCAUUGGCAAAGCAGAGAACUGGCUGAGCAGGAUUGCCGUGGCCAUCACAGAGACCCAAAUCUGCAUCCCGGACGUGUUGAUUUGGAUGCUGUGUGAUGAGAACCGGGUGGCCUAUGCGCGGGUGAAGUCUCAUUCCAUCCUGUUCUCCAAAGCCAGUGCUCAGGCCAGAGGAAGGCUGUGCGGCAAGACCCAAACUGUCUUCAUGCAGGGUCCCCGAACCAAAGAAAAGCCCAACGCCAUCCCUGCUGUGCUCCGAGUGCGAAUGUGGCUCGGACAAAUGACUGACAGCGCCGAGUUCAUGAAAUGCUGCGAAGGCCACAUCCUUGUCUAUGCAGAGACGUAUGAGAACCAGAAGAAGACCCAUGGCAUCUGGGGGACCAGGGACUUGUUGCCCCAUCCCUCCUUUUCGGAUGUCACCGGACAAAUCAGUCUCCCCAGAAACAAGUUUAAGCCUCCCGUCGGUUGGAAGUGGGACGGAGAAUGGGCUGUGGAGCCUCAAAGACGGUUGUUGCUGGACAAAGAGACGAAUCACUCUGAAUUGUUGGUGGAGGUCUAUGAGAACCAGAGCAGGGAGCCCAGGCAGCCUUGGACCCCGGCCUCCAUCCCGUUCAGCACCGCAAGUGGGGCUCCUUCGCCCCCAAAAGAAGACAUCGAGUGCCCCAAAGGAUGGAACUUCAUGGAUGAGUGGAAAGUGGAGCUGAACCGAGCCGUGGAUGAUGCUGGGUGGGAAUAUGGGGUUGGUAUCCCACCAGCCGAGUUCCCUCGUACCUGGAACGUGGCCGAAAAGACCUACCACACUCACCGGCGUCGGCGCUGGCUCCGCAAACGUUGCCGGGACUUGAACAAAGAGACACAGGAGAACAACAUGAUGUCUUUCCUUCGGCUGCACUCAGAAACCAAGGUGAAACCGGACACAUGGGAAUACGCUCCCAUGACAGGAUGGCGGUUCCAUCUGCAGCAGCUUCCUGGCGACACAUUUCGGCGGAGAUGUUGGCGAAGGAGACUCGUCCCUGUAGCACCCAGCCAUGGGGCCCCCAUCUUCCACUUGGAGGGCUCACUGGGUGUGGAAGUGGAGGAGGAGGGGAAAAAGAAAAAAGGGGAAGCCGAGAAGAAAGAGGGGAAAGAAGUUGAGAAACAGCCUUCUCAGAGCCUCUUGAAGAUGAACACACCUCUCCUUUACUGCAUUUUCAAAAGUCCUGUCUACUUCCAGUUACGCUGCUACAUUUACCAAGCAAGGGAUCUUGUAGGAGCUUCCACCAAGGGCUCUGCAGAUCCGGUGGCCCACGUUUCCUUCGUUCACACUAGUCAAUGCACUAAGAUCGUGCAUGGCACGCUGCAUCCGCUAUGGGACCAGACCCUCGUCUUUGAGAACAUCUUGAUCUAUGGAGACCCACGGGCAACCGAGGAGGAUCCACCGGUGGUGGCCGUUGAAAUCGUGGACGCCGAUCCUACGAGCCGUUCUGAGCAUUUCAUGGGGAGGUGUCUGAGUAUCCCCAAGGUGUACUUGGACCUCAAUUUGCGGAGAAUGCCACGUCUGCAGAAGCUUCGAAUGAUGAAGGAACAGACGGAGGCUGGUGAGCUCUUGGCUGCUUUUGAGCUUCUGUUGGACAAGAAGGAUGGAUCCCUGGGAAAACACCCUCCUCCUGCCUGGAAGGACGGCCUCUACACCAUCCCCAAAGAGAUCCAUCCCAUCCUGAGGCUGAUGGCCCUUGAGAUCCUGGCCUGGGGCUUGCGAGACAUAAAGAACUACAAUCUGCUAGCCAUCAACAACCCAAGCCUCAUUGUCGAAUGUGGAAUGGAAAGCCUUCACACCCCAAUCAUCAAGAACUUCCAGGAGAACCCCAACUUUCCCAUUAACAUUUAUCUCAUGAAAGUGUACCUGCCUGUGGAUGAAGACUACGCGCCUCCCAUUGAGCUGAAGGUGAUCGACCACCGAGAGUUUGGAUAUAAGCCGGUCGUGGGCCACGCCAGUGUGCAACCCCUGCGCCAGUACUACUGCGAUCCUUGGGCAGAGAAGAAGGCCCACAACCUACCUCCCAGAGCUAUUUCCAAAGCGAAACCUAAGAAGGGACUGAAGUUUUUCUUCAAGCCAUGGUUAUGGAAGAAGCCCAAAGAAGAGAAGUACAUGGCGGAUGAGGAAGAUGAGGAAGUGGACUGGUGGAGCAAGUUCUACGUCACGACGGGCGACUUAGCAAAAAGUGGGAACUACCUGAAGUUGGGCUUUGAUACAGUGAAGAUCUACAACUGUGAACUGGAGGAAGUGCCAGAGUUUCAUGGCUUCCAGGAUUUCUGCCAGACCUUCAAACUGUACCGGGAAGCAGUCACAGUCGAAGACCCCAUUAUUGGAGGAGAAUUCAAGGGUCUCUUUCGAAUCUAUCCCAUUCCGGAAGACCCCAACAUCCCACCACCUCCGCGUCAGUUCCAGGAGCUUCCCCAAAAUAUCUGCCAGAUGUGUCUUGUCCGGGUCUAUAUCAUCCGAGCUCUUAACCUCCAGCCGAAGGACAGAAACGGCCUGUGCGAUCCCUACGUCUGGAUCAAGAUCGGGAAGAAGAUCGUCGGCGAACGAAACGAUUAUAUUCCCAACACCUUGGAGCCUCUUUUUGGCAGGAUGUAUGAACUCAUGUGCUGCAUCCCAUUAGAGAAGGACUUGAAGGUCUGCCUCUUCGACUUCGACGUCUUCCCUCCAGACGACAGCAUCGGAGAAACCACCAUCGACUUGGAAAACCGGCUUCUCUCUCGCUUCGGGGCCAACUGUGGGCUGCCCCAGACCUUCUGUGUAGCCGGCCCCACUCAGUGGAGAGACCAGCUUCUCCCCUCUGAGCUCUUGGCCAAUUACGCCCGAACCAAGGACUUGCCUCCGGCAGAAAUCACCGAAGAUGGGAGCCGAGCCGUUUUCAUGGGCAGGACCUACGAGCUGGCCGACUUUGAGACCCAGCAGCCCUUGCAUGACUACCUGGGGCCUGCCAAAGAGCGCCUUGCCCUCUACUUGCUCCGUACCUGCGGACUGGUGCCGGAACACAUUGAGACCCGCACCCUCUACAGCACGGCUCAUCCAGGGAUUGACCAGGGCAAGGUGCAGAUGUGGGUGGACAUCUUUCCAGAGAGCUUAGGUGAACCAGGACCUCCUUUUGAUAUUGUCCCAAGGAAGCCACAUAAGUAUGAAUUGCGUGUCAUCAUCUGGAACACCAAAGACGUGGACUUGGAAGACACCAACAUUUUUGGAGACAGGAUGAGCGAUAUUUAUGUCAAAGGGUGGCUGGAUGGCUUGGAAGAGGACAAGCAGAAGACAGAUGUCCAUUACAGGUCUCUGUCGGGAGAAGGCAACUUCAACUGGCGGUUUGUUUUCCCCAUGGAUUACCUUCCCAUGGAGCAGGUCUUGAUCCUCAACAAGAAGCAACACUUUUGGAGCCUGGAUGAGACCACGGAGAAAGUGCCGCCCAAGUUGAUGAUCCAGAUCUGGGACAACGACAAAUUUUCAGCGGAUGAUUUUCUAGGAACCCUGGAGCUGAACUUAACCAACAUGCCUCAUCCGGCCAAACGCGCCCGGGACUGUACCAUCAAAAUGCUGAUGGAGGAGGCUGCCGUCUCCUCCAAGCCUUUUCUGAGGCGCAAGAAGCAGCCACACAUUUCCAUCUUCUCUCAGAGGAACACGAGGGGUUGGUGGCCCUGCAUCAUCAUCGAGAAGGACAAGCCACGCGUGUCGGGCAAAGUGGAAAUGACCCUGGAGUUGCUGACCGAGUUUGAGGCCAAAGAACGACCGGCUGGCAGAGGAAGAGACGAGCCAAACAUGAACCCGGUCCUGAAUCCUCCAGAGAGGCCGGAGACCUCUUUCCUGUGGUUCACCGCCCCUUUGAAGAGCAUCCACUUCCUCAUCUGGCAGAAAAGCAAGUGGAAACUCCUCCUUUUCUUUUGCUGUGUCCUGGUGUUCCUCCUUUUCGCUGCCUUCGUCUACUCACUUCCCGGCUACAUGGCAAUGAAGUUGAUUCAUCCCAUGAAUGGUGUGAGCAAAGUUGAAGUAAAACUGCCACCAAACUAUCUGCCACAAGUGCCACCUGCUCCCAUCCGGACAACAUCCCAGCAACCACAAACUCCCCCAGAAACAGCACCAACGCUUAACCAGUCAGAAACAACAUCGUCAAAACCAGCUCCGAGGAAGCGGCCAAGAACUCGGAGGAAGCAGCUACUGGCUUCCAAGAAACCGCCACCAGCUCCCAGUAAGCGGCCUCCAGCUUCCAAGAAGCCUCCACCGGCUUCCAAGAAGCCACGACCAGCUACCAAGAAGGCACGACCAGCUUCCAAGAAGCCACGACCAGUUUCCAAGAAGCCACCUCAAGCUUCCAAGAAGCCACCGACUCCCAAGAAACAGCCCACAUCCAAGAAAAGCCGCUAAUCCCCACGGAAAGCCAAACCUCCUCCCUCCCCAUAGCAGAUGUAACUUUACCAAUACUAUUGGCCUGAUUUGUUCUGCAACAGGACUGGUGCCUCGCACCUCCCGUUUUGGUUUCCCAGUAACUUGCAGAAAAGGGAUCCAGUUGAUCUUCAAUAGUGCCUCCUUUCCAAUCUCCAAGACUUCCAGCCAUGAUGGAUGUCCUCAGAUUGCAAGCAUCGCAUUAUGGCAUUGAAGACCAGGUUGGAGUAGAGUGGGAACUGAGGCAGCACAGCCAAAAACAGAGGCUUCCUUUCAUUUCUUAAAAUAAAAUGCAAGCUUAAGGGUUUGUA